AUGCACGACGUGAGCCAGCUCGUCACGCUUGAAGCUGCGUUGAAAGAGACGCUUCGUCUGCAUCCACCCGUCCCGAUGGUUCCAAAGUAUGUAGUGGAAGACACUACGCUUGCUGACGGAACGUUUGUCAAGGCGAACUCCUUGAUCGUCCUGGCAACGUACGCGAUGGCAAGAAUGACGCACGUGUGGGGUACAGAUGCUGCUGAGUUCAAACCCGAGCGGUGGAUCGACGCAGCCACCGGAAAGCUUGUGUCGGUGUCUCCGUACAAAUUUGUAUCUUUCAAUGCUGGUCCUCGUUUAUGCCUCGGAAUGAACCUAGCCAUGCUUGAGAUGAAGCUGGUUGUGGCCGGUCUGUUGAGCAAGUUCCAUAUCGAAGUGGAGGAUCCUGAGAACGUGACGUACGAUGUAUCGCUCACUCUGCCAGUGAAGGGCUCGCUUGAUGUGAAGAUUUCGCCUACAGAACCGGCAUUUGCAUAA